AUGGAGUUUGGAUUUGUCAUGCUCCCUCAAAAUUCUCAUUUCUUCAAUCCAAAUGAAGAAGAACAUUUCCUGCCACCUAAAAUAGAGCUUUUAAGAGGAGAAAAGGGAGAUGUAGGAGCACCAGGACCACCCGGACCAAUCGGAUCUCGAGGUGAAAAGGGGGAAUGCAUUUAUUUUGGGAAUCCUCGUUGGAAAAGGAAAGACAGCCGUGAGGAUUGGCUAUUUCCUGAUAUUGGAUCUGGAGAAGGCCCGCCGAGUGAUUUUAGCACCACACUGGAUGUGGAUGACGCAUCUAAAUGUCAGUGCAACAUAUCUGCGCUGGAUUUGCCACCAGGUGCUCCUGGGCAAGAUGGUAGAGAUGGAAUUCCAGGCAUACCCGGACACCCGGGCAUGCCUGGACCACCUGGAGAAAUAGGCCUUCCUGGUGCCCCAGGACAUAAAGGAGAAAAAGGUUUUCCAGGUCUUAUGGGUCCUCCAGGAGGCAUGGGGUUAAAAGGUGAACCAGGGCUGGAUGGUAUACCUGGUGCUCCUGGUCCCAGGGGCCUACCUGGUCCUCCAGGUCCUCCUGCAUCAGCUACUUCGCACAGAGGAAGCAUUUUCGACCUGGAUGAUACUUUUGGUGGAGGAGUGUAUGGAACCCCUGGAGACGGCCCUUUCACUUCCUAUUUAGGCCGUCCUGGACCACAAGGGAUUCCGGGCACUCCCGGAGUUCCCGGACCCCGAGGAGAAAGAGGAUUUCCAGGUCAGAAGGGCGACAAGGGAGAUUUGGGCUCUCGUGGAUUGAAAGGAGACAGGGGAUGGACUGGAGACAAAGGUACUAAAGGUGAGCAUGGAGUGCCUGGAGCUCGUGGCAUAGCAGGAAUUCCUGGUCAUGAUGGAAUCAAAGGUGCCAAGGGUGACCCUGGUAUCCCUGGAGUAGGCAUCCCCGGUCCUCGAGGCCCACCAGGUCCGGCUGGCCCCGUGACUUACUAUGGUACAAGUAAAGGACCCGUAGGUGGUUCAGAAGAUGAAGAAGGAAUCAUGAUCAUAACGAAGGGUGAUAAAGGAGAUCCUGGAUUAGAUGGAUUGCCCGGAGAAGCAGGACCUAAAGGAAGCGACGGACACCCUGGACCCCCGGGGGCUCCCGGCCCUAUAUCGCAUCUUGCUCCCGAUGGAACAUUAAUUAUUGAAGAAAAAGGUGAAAAGGGUGAAAGGGGAAGACGUGGGAAAAGAGGUUACCCUGGCCCACCAGGUCCACCUGGACCACCCGGGGAACCAGGAAUCAUCAGUGAUAUACCAGGGUUUCCGGGACGCCCUGGAGUUCCUGGUCCUCCAGGACAAAAAGGAGAACUCGGGGAAGCUGUAAAAGGCGAGAAAGGCGAUAGGGGAGCGCCUGGACCCCCUGGUUCUGGUGGAUACGUCAACCCGGAUGGAAUGGACAUAAUAACAGAAAUCAAAGGUGAGAAAGGUGACAAAGGUGAAAGAGGCUCCAUCGGACCAGAAGGAAGCCCAGGGAUUACGGGUCUUCCUGGUGAAAUUGGUCCCAUCGGUUUGCCUGGACCGAAAGGCUUAAAAGGUGAUCCAGGACUCCCUGGACCUCCAGGUUCUAUUGCAUACAUCGAUGAGAAAGACGAUAAGUACGUCUACGUUCCAGGACCACCAGGACCACCUGGACCUGUAGGUCCGAUGGGAAAAUCCCUUCCUGGCCCUCCCGGCCCUCCUGGACCGCCAGGACCCCCAGGGCUACCUGUAGGGAGCAACCCAUGGCUCAAUGCUACCAGCUCGAACGGAAAGAAAGGUGGAGGCAUCAAAGGCCUUAAAUCUUUGAUGCGGUCAGAAGGAUUUCCAAUGAUGAAAGGUCCUCCUGGACCACCAGGCCCCCCUGGACCACCAGGACCAUCAGGACCGCUGCCUACAGAAGACAGCAAGAGAAGUCAGCCGACAGUUGUUCCUGGGGCUGUGACUCUAAAAAAUGUUGAUUCACUUCUUCGAGUUUCAGAAACGAGCCCUCUGGGUACUUUAGGUUUUGUUUUAGACGAAGAAACUCUAUUGGUGCGUGUCAGUGGUGGCUGGCAAUAUGUGGCGCUUGGUUCUUUAGUUCCUCUUCCAUCUGCAACAACAACGACGACGUCCACAACUCCAGCACCUCUUAAUCCACCUGUAGGAAGCAUGAAAACGGACAGUGCACCCAGGUUGCGGAUGGCAGCUCUCAAUCAACCUUACACUGGAGACAUGCACGGAGUGCGAGGUGCAGACUACGAGUGCUACAGACAAUCCAGGAGAGCCAAUCUCAGGGGGACUUUUAGAGCAUUCUUAGCUUCACGAGUGCAGAAUUUAGACAGCAUUGUCCGACAUAAGGACUCCGAUCUGCCCAUAGUCAAUAUCAAGGGAGAAGUGCUCUUUAAUUCUUGGAAGGACUUGUUUGCCGGCACGGCGGCUCCAUUCUCUUAUCCACCAAGAAUAUAUUCCUUCGAUGGACGAAAUGUGCUCACUGAUAACACUUGGCCUCAUAAACUGGUGUGGCACGGAUCAGAUCGUCUCGGAGUUCGAGAGAUGGAGGCAUACUGUGACGCCUGGCAUUCAGAAAGUACUAACAAGGUCGGUGUCGCUAGCUCACUUCUCCGGCAUCGACUGCUUGAUCAGGAAAAGCACCCUUGCGACAGGAGCUUUGUAGUCCUCUGCAUAGAAGCGACAAGCCAGGACGACUUCAGAAGACGGCGCAGACGGGAUGCCAUUCAGUACCACGGAGAACCGUUCAGUCCCGAGGAGUAUUCCCGAUUGCUGCAGAGAAUCAGCAAGUCCUGA